UACACCUUUUUUUUCUUUAUUAUCUGUUGAUUAAUGAGUGAAUUGGGAUAUAAAGUGUAUCUAGUUAGUUUCAGGAAAAAAAGAAAUUAGUUAAAUUAUAUGAAUGCAAGCAGUAGUAGCGAUGCAGGGUUACGUUUGAGUUCACCUCAAAGUAACAAGCAUUGUGUUUAGGUUCGUGCAAAUACGUUGUCGAGGGAGGUUGAUUCACCGUCCUCGACUCGUUCAGUGCAUGAUUUCUUUUCUUGACAUUAUUUUGACACCACUUUUUCUUUUGUUGACAAGGGAGGUUGAUUCACCGUCCUCGACUCGUUCACUUCUCCGCAUGCCGUCGUCGAGAAGCACCGGCCGUCGAGCCCGUAGUCAUAUAUUCUCGAGGAGGUGUCAAACUUCACAACUAAAUACUAUGGUGAGAAGCUUCCAAGCCUUCAUAAUCCACCCUCCUCGUUACAAUGCUGGCAAUAAUGAAUCGAGCCUUAGCAUUUUCUGAGGGCAACUUGGAAGUACAAGUGAUGCGAGGUACAAGACUCUGAACUAUGAAGAGUGGCGCCAUAUCAUGUUUUAUUUGUUGACCAACCUUUCCGAGGUGGAGCCAUACGUAGGGGAUUUUUUUCAUCAAUUCUGGCAUCGCUCAAGUCCUCCUACCCCGAAGGAAUCGGAUACCCUUCUUAAAAAUGGCGCGGGAAAUUCACAGCCUGAUUUCAUUUCUUGGUUCAAACAGAAGGGCCAGACCGAUUCAUCUAUGAGUGUUGAGUUGAGACAGGUUGCCGAUGGGUUUGGCUAUAGGGUCAAGUCAUUUAACGGUUAUGAUGUGAAUGGAUACCGCUUCCACACAAUGGGGUACGAGCAGAGUCGGCCCAAUCGAAGAACCACUAAUACUGGAGUUUUUACGCCGGGCCAAGACGGGAUAGACUAUUAUGGAAGAUUAUUAGAAAUAUAUGAACUCCAGUUUCAUGGUUCCGUAUCACUGACUCCUGUCAUAUUCAAAUGCCACUGGUUCAAUCCUAAAUUAACGAGGCAUACACCCAAAGUUGGCCUAGUCAAAAUUCGACAGGACUCAAAGUUACCAGGCGACGAUGUCUACAUUGUGGCUCAACAGGCCAUACAAGUUUAUUAUCUCUCGUACCUGUGCCAAACCGACAAACGAUUUAAGGGUUGGGAUGUUGUGUACAAGAUAUCGCCACACGGCAAACUACAUGUCCCAAGCAAUAAAGACUACAACAAUGACAGAGAGUUCUUCCAAGAAGAGGGGCUAGAAGGGAGUUUCGAGAUAGACUUAACAUACGUGAUCAAAAUGGAAGUAGACAAUGAAAGGGUUGUCCACGAGGCAGAGGUCGGAGAUGAGGUCGAAAAUAUUCAUGACUUAGAAUUACUUGAGCGACUGCGUUUAGGCAGAGACAGUGAAGACAACAUUCCUCCUUUGGAUACUGCUGGUUAUGUGGAUGAUAGUGAUGAUGAGGAUUAUGAUCCAGCGGCUCCCGAUCAUGACGACUAUUUCUAAAUCAUGUCAUUGAAUCAAGAUGCUAGGCGGUGGCAAGAUAUCUUUCCUGAGCUCCUUGUAUCGGAGGAAAGGUUUAGAGCGUUCUGAGGGUCCAAUGUAGCAGAGGCGUCUGGGAGCCGUGGUGGAGGAGGGAGAGGUACUGGAGGAGGGGGAGGGAGAAGGAGAGGUAC